GAUGCGGCCCUCAGGCCAAAAGGUUUUCCUGCCCCUGAUCUAGGUUAUCUUGUGGUGUCACAUGGGUCCAGUUCUUACACUGAAAUGGAUUUAUAUCAAUACUAUUCAAAAAUAUAAUUUUCACCUGUUUACAAAUAUAUGGGGAAUGUAACUGUAGAUUCAAGGCACGAUAUAAAUGGGUACACUAUAAAUGAAGAUAGCAUUCAGAUUGCUGAUUGUGGUUUCUCUGUGCUUUAGAAAAUUGGAUCCGUGGUUCUUGAGCCUGGAUUAAUCAAAGCUAGGGACUUGUUCAGUUGUGCUGCCUUGAGGAAAGUAUUCAUGCUUAAAUGAGCAGCUGAACUCUGGAAUCUGGAGUACAUACACCAUACUGCUCUUUGUAGUCCUCCACUCAAGAAAACCUCAAGGUCAGUUGAACCAGUAGCAUGUCCUGAGGUGCAGCAGCAACAGAAGAAGCAGAGAACAACUUUGUUCUUCUAGCAGUGGCAACAGAAGUGACAACAGGUUUAUGAACAGCACAGAAGAUAAUUUUGCUUUUCAGGGAUGAUGUGGAGGGACACUUUGGGAGUUACUAACCUUGACGGCAUGGAUCAUUCUGUGCUCAGAGGGGAGAUGUCAGCAGUGCUUCAUGACAGAUCUCUAGUGGAAGAGGAAGAUCCUCACAUGAAAGUGUCUCUUGGUAGCAGCGAUAUGGGCGUGUCUGCCCAUCUACAGUCUUCAAAGACAGGGACCACACGAUUUUUCACCAGCAACACUCAUAGUUCUGUGGUAUUACAGGGUUUUGACCAGCUGCGAAUAGAAGGUUUACUUUGCGAUGUGACGCUAGUGCCAGGCGAUGGUGAUGAAGUAUUUCCUGUUCACCGAGCUAUGAUGGCAUCAGCUAGUGAUUACUUCAAGGCCAUGUUCACAGGUGGAAUGAAGGAACAAGAUUUAAUGUGCAUUAAGCUUCAUGGUGUGAACAAAAUAGGUCUGAAGAAGAUUAUUGAUUUCAUUUACACUGCAAAACUUUCUCUUAACAUGGACAACCUUCAGGACACUCUAGAAGCAGCCAGUUUUUUGCAGAUUUUACCUGUUUUGGACUUCUGUAAAGUGUUUCUGAUCUCUGGGGUUUCUUUGGAAAAUUGUGUUGAGGUUGGGCGGAUUGCCAAUACGUACAAUCUCACAGAAGUGGAUAAAUAUGUUAAUAAUUUCAUCCUGAAGAACUUCCCUGCAUUAUUAAGUACUGGUGAGUUUGUGAAACUCCCCUUUGAACGUCUUGCCUUUGUGCUUUCAAGCAAUAGCCUUAAGCACUGCACUGAGCUCGAACUGUUCAAGGCUGCUUGUCGCUGGCUACGGUAUGAGGAGCCUCGAAUGGAAUAUGCUGCAAAACUAAUGAAGAACAUCAGAUUUCCACUGAUGACACCACAGGAUCUUAUUAAUUAUGUACAAACAGUGGAUUUCAUGAGAACUGACAAUACAUGUGUGAAUUUGCUUUUGGAAGCCAGCAAUUACCAAAUGAUGCCGUACAUGCAACCAGUCAUGCAGUCAGAGAGAACUGCCAUUCGAUCAGACAGUACUCACUUAGUAACAUUGGGGGGAGUGUUAAGGCAGCAACUGGUUGUCAGCAAAGAAUUACGGAUGUAUGAUGAAAAGGCACAUGAAUGGAAAUCAUUAGCUCCCAUGGAUGCACCAAGAUACCAGCACGGCAUUGCUGUGAUUGGAAACUUUCUUUAUGUAGUUGGUGGACAGAGCAAUUACGACACGAAAGGAAAAACAGCGGUUGACACAGUCUUCAGAUUUGAUCCUCGCUAUAAUAAAUGGAUGCAAGUUGCGUCUUUAAAUGAAAAGCGUACCUUCUUCCACCUAAGUGCCCUCAAAGGACAUUUGUAUGCAGUUGGUGGUCGAAAUGCAGCGGGUGAACUAGCCACAGUGGAAUGUUACAAUCCAAGAAUGAAUGAAUGGAGCUAUGUUGCAAAAAUGAAUGAGCCCCACUAUGGUCAUGCUGGAACUGUGUAUGGGGGAUUAAUGUAUAUUUCAGGCGGAAUUACCCAUGAUACUUUCCAAAAAGAACUUAUGUGCUUUGACCCCGACACAGACAAAUGGACUCAGAAGGCUCCAAUGACAACAGUCAGAGGUCUGCACUGCAUGUGUACUGUUGGAGACAAGCUUUAUGUUAUUGGCGGAAAUCACUUUAGAGGAACAAGUGAUUAUGAUGAUGUUCUAAGCUGUGAAUAUUAUUCACCCACCCUAGACCAGUGGACUCCAAUUGCUGCUAUGUUACGUGGGCAAAGUGAUGUUGGGGUUGCUGUCUUUGAAAAUAAAAUCUACGUUGUUGGAGGGUACUCUUGGAAUAAUCGUUGUAUGGUGGAAAUAGUCCAGAAAUACGACCCGGAAAAGGAUGAGUGGCACAAGGUCUUUGACCUCCCAGAAUCACUUGGUGGCAUUCGAGCCUGCACUCUUACAGUUUUCCCACCAGAAGACAACACAGGGUCACCUUCUAGAGAGUCACCUCUUUCGGCACCUUAAAAAAAAUCCUUUGACUUACGGUGUUGUGGUAAUACCUUUGCACUGCAUCAUGGAGUGUCUCAUUUUUCUUCAGUAGUAUCUGUUAGGCUUAGCCUACAGCAAUUGGUACAGUUACUGAGGGAGAAAAAAAGACUUUGACAUUACUUGUGCUGUUUGUUUGGCCUAGAAUGUUUAUUGAGUGGUUAACAAAGAUUAUGGAAAAAUGUACUCAACAGAGCCAAAUCUUUAACAAGUGAGAAACAAGAUAUUGUCUAUAAAAUAUAUGAAUUAGGUACGUUUUUAAUGUUGUGUAUUGGGUGUGAGGUACCUUGCAACUUACAUUAGGAAGCCCAGUAAGUCAAAUUGGAAGGGGUUGCAGUGAACGUGUAAUUAUGUUCACUAAACUUCAUAUUUGAAAGUCUUUCUUCCUUUCAUCUUUGAUUGCAGAUUUUAAAGGGAGGCAGCCUGCACCCAUGUGAACUCUGACAAAAGGUUGCCAGCAGGCCUGAGCUACCUCCCUCUUUUCACAGAGUAUUUUUGACAUAUCUCUUUACUGCCCAGCGGGGUGGGUGCUUUAAGAGCAUAUGGAGUUUCUUAGGCAGACAGGAGAAAUCAAAUAAUAAUUUAAAAAAUAUUAAUAUUAUGCAACAGGUGGACCCUGUAUAGGCCCGGGGUUUUUUAAUAACGUAUAUUGAGGGUUUUUUCCCUGACUCAAUUAAGUGACACUUCAACAGAAGACUUAAAAUGUUUGGGCUUUUUAACUUUUGGUCUCUUCCCCCUCCCCCACACACCCAGUAAUCAGCUUCUGCUUGUAAGGGAGCCUAAACUAUUAAUAAAUUGGAAUUCAGUACAGUUGUAUGACCUGUUGUAUGCCUGUAUUGAGUUAUGUGGAUAAGGGCUAGAAAUGUUAAUUCAAGCCACUACAUUUGACCAAAUUGUUCCUUCAGAUCAAAUUUAAUCUAAUUUUUCUCCUUUGCUGUUGAGAUAACUUACAUAUUACAUGUCCUUUGUAUAGUCUCAGUUAAUAAGGUUAUUUAGCACAAAGUGCAGCUUCAGCAGGAGAGCUGCUGUUUGCUCAGUGAACUCAGACUACCAUGUUUUACCUUCUUUUGUUCAAUAAAACUUUUAACUGCAA